AAAUUACAAACCAAAACAAAUUCUAUGUACAUUUUAGUACUUUAUAUAAGUAAAUAUGAUUAAAUUAGUCCGAUGAGAGAGACAAAAGCAUUCAUUGGCUCUGGUCAGAGCUGUGACGCACUCGUGCUGUGUUGAGUAUGGAUGCUGCUUAGUCUGCCGCUUCCCACCACUGUUGCAAAUGAAACCGACUGGCCUAAAAUGACCAUCUAUGCGCGUUGUUUUUGUUUCUGUCUGACAGAGUGAGGUGAAAGUCAAGAUGACUGAGAGCGGGGAUCUUUGCCAUCACCUGGACUCUAUUGGGGAAGUUACUAAGGAGGAACUGAUUCAGAAGUCAAAGGGUACUUGUCAGUCAUGUGGAGUAGGUGGUCCCAACCUCUGGGCAUGUUUACAGUGUGACUAUGUUGGCUGCGGAGAGUCAUAUUCAGAUCACAGUACUAUACAUGCACAGGCAAAAAAACACAAUCUGACUGUAAACCUGACCACAUUCAGGGUGUGGUGUUAUGUCUGUGAGAGGGAGGUGUUUCUGGAACCAAAGCCUGUUACGCCUGUAUCAUUAGUUCACCGCUGCAAACAUCUUGAACAGUCAACAUGUCAUCCAUUGAAGGCAGUGCCCAUCGCUGUGGCGGAUGAGGAAGGCUCCGAAUCUGAGGAGGAUGAGCUCAAACCUAGAGGUCUCACGGGGAUGAAGAACAUUGGAAACUCUUGUUACAUGAAUGCUGCGCUGCAGGCCCUGUCUAACUGUCCUCCUUUGACUCAGUUUUUCCUGGAUUGCAGUGGGAUGGUGCAUACAGUUAAGAAGCCAGCGUUGUGUAAAAGCUAUCAAAAACUUAUUUCUGAGCUCUGGCACAAGAAACGGCCAAGUUAUGUUGUUCCCACAAGUCUCUUUCAUGGAAUCAAAUUGGUGAACCCUAUGUUUCGUGGCUAUGCCCAACAGGACACUCAGGAGUUCUUGCGUUGUCUGAUGGACCAGCUUCACGAGGAGCUGAAAGAGGCCCUGAACGACUACAACUUUGCGAUCUUAGAUGUUGACCCCGACCACUCUCUUGACAGCCAUUACCAUAGCGAUGAAGACCGAAGCCCGUCUGAGGAUGAAUUCCUGUCGUGUGACUCUGGAUCAGGAAGUGAGAGAGGGGAUGGAGAGAGGGCUGGAGGAGAGGCAGAUCUGCUGAUUCAAGAUGAGUGUGUGGGAGUGAAGGGGAUCUCUGAGAAAGAGAGGCUAAAGGAGAGAAGAGGUGAGGAGAAAACAAGAGAAAUGGAUGAGGAUGCAGAUGUGGACACUACCACACAGGAGGGACAGGCAGAGAGAGAAACAGAGGCAACCACUACAACCACUACUGUACAGAUACAAGGAAAUACAGAGCCUGAUAAUGAAGCUUCCAUGCACUGUCAAUCUUCUCGUUCCUGUAGCCCUGUCCACAGUGUGCAGGAGCUGCACUCCAGACUCUCCAGCAGUCCACCUAGGUCCAGCCCCCUCAGAACUGGCCCCACUUACACUUUAAAGAAAGCUCAGAUGCUCCUAGGCACCAAGAAGAAGAAGCAGUCCCGUUUCCGCAGUGUUAUUUCCGAUAUCUUUGAUGGAUCCAUUCUGAGUCUCGUUCAAUGUUUGACGUGCGACCGGGUGUCGACAACAGUGGAGACCUUUCAGGACCUGUCCCUGCCUAUUCCGGGUAAAGAAGAUCUGGCGAAACUCCACUCUUCCAUCCAUCAGAAUGCUCCUGUUAAAACUGGCGUCUGCACAGAUGGCUAUGUGACCCAGGGCUGGAUCCCUUACAUCAUGGAGUCCAUACGAAGGUUUGUGGUCUCCUGUAUCCCCAGCUGGUUCUGGGGCCCCAUGGUAACCCUGGAGGACUGCUUGGCAGCAUUCUUUGCCGCAGAUGAGUUGAAAGGAGACAACAUGUACAGCUGUGAAAGAUGUAAAAAAUUAAGAAACGGUGUGAAAUAUUGUAAAGUUCUACGUUUACCAGAAAUUUUGUGCAUUCACCUGAAGCGUUUCAGACAUGAAGUCAUGUACUCGUUUAAGAUAAAUAACCACGUGUCAUUCCCAUUGGAGGGUUUGGAUCUCAAGCCCUUUUUGGCUAAGGAGAGCCCAUCACAGAUUACUACCUAUGACCUGCUGUCUGUCAUCUGUCACCACGGAACUGCAGGCAGUGGUCACUACAUAGCAUACUGUCAAAAUGUGAUUAAUGGACAGUGGUACGAGUUUGACGAUCAGUAUGUAACGGAGGUGCACGAGACCGUAGUGCAGAAUGCUGAAGCCUACGUCCUCUUCUACAGGAAGAGCAGUGAAGACUCGGUGAGGGAAAGACAGAAGGUUGUAGCUCUGGCUAAUUUAAAGGAGCCCAGUCUCUUGCAGUUCUACAUCUCCAGAGAAUGGCUCAAUAAGUUCAACACAUUCACUGAGCCUGGGCCCAUCACCAACCAGACUUUCCUCUGUCAACAUGGAGGAAUACCUCCUAUUAAGUACCACUAUGUGGAUGAUCUGGUCGUGAUCUUGCCUCAGAAUGUGUGGGAAUAUCUUUAUAACAGGUUUGGGGGAGGCCCAGCCGUAAAUCACUUAUACGUGUGUGCCAUCUGCCAAGUAGAGAUCGAGACUUUAGCCAAACGGCAGAAACUGGAAAUAGACACCUUCAUCAAGUUAAAUAAGGAGUUUCAGGCUGAGGAAGCUCCUACGGUUAUCCUGUGCAUCAGUAUGCAGUGGUUCAGAGAAUGGGAGAACUUUGUCAAGGGCAAAGAAAACGAGCCUCCAGGCCCCAUUGACAACAGCAAAAUUGCAGUAAUGAAAGGCGGACAUAUCCAGCUUAAACAGGGAGCAGACUACGGGCAGAUAUCUGAGGAAACGUGGCAGUACUUGUUAAGUAUUUAUGGCGGUGGGCCAGAGAUUGCUGUGCGGCAAACCAUCAGCCCCCCAGACACUGACACACACGGAGAGAGGAAGAUAGAGGCAGAGACCAGAGCUCUCUGAAGUGGUGUGAUGACCCACGUGUUGAUGACCUUUGCCCACCACACUUGCAUUUAUGUCUCAUGAGCACUUUGUGAGCAUUUCUGUGGAUCUAUUUAUCUGUGACAGACAGAGCUAUCAUAGUGUAGGAAAGGGUCUUAUUUAUUAAGUGAAAAGUAUAUUAUUAGACACACACAACAUGAAACAUAUUUAUUCUAAACAUUCACAUACAAGUUAGGGUGUGCAUUGGUGAUAUGUUUGUUUUGUUUGUCAGUGGAAGUAAGGGCAGUGAUGUAAGUGUAAUUUCUCAGUACAUUACAUCUUUGGUAGUGCAAACAAAAUAAAAGUUAAAUACAUCAUGUACUAUAAGCAGGACGCAAGCUAUAUGUCUCUCAAAACCUUCAUUAGAGCUCUUUGCUGACUUCUGUGUAGGUAAAAUAAGGCUUGAAUUUGGUAUCUGCAUGUUCAAAGAAGCUUUCUCACUAUUCAUGUUCUUUAGAAGCACUGUCAGAUGUAGAUGCUUUGAAAUUGCAGAAAAGGUAUAUGCUGCUACGUUUCAGAAGUUUGGAAUAGCAACAAGAUGUGUCAUUUGAGGCUUUGCAUUAUCAUUUCUAACCCUGCAUAGUAAAGAAUUUCUUGAAUCUAAUGCCUGUUUACUCUGCUAAUGUUAUUUCACUUGUUUUAUCACUGUAACCAUUUUAUAAUGACCCAUUUUUAGAUUUGAAUUUUAAAACUUCAAGAGGUGUUACUUACAAUCAAUAUUAAAUUCUGUUUUAAAGUGUUUUGAAAUCCUCUGAACUAAAAUGAAUAGCUAUGUCCCAAUCAAAGGAAGUGAAUCCUCAGUGCAACAGGGUUACGUAAACUGCAAUGUUUCAGAUCAUCAGUAUUAAAUAGUUUUCGGAUAAUUCAACAUUUCAUCAUAUUGGCAGAAACAAAACUGCUUACUCUGAUGCAUCGUCUGUUGCGUCAUUAAAUUCUGAAAUGUUUUAAUGAUGCCCGUUUGAUGAUUAUAUAACUGGUUGAAUACAACACCACAUCCCCAAAUGAAACAAACUAAACUACUUUUCUAAGGGAAUGUGCAAUGAGAUAGAGGUGUGUUAAGGGUGCUAAAGGAAUAGUAUUAAAAUGUCUGUUUUUGAACAUAUUCUUUAUACAUAAUAACAUGUAACAUUUUAAUUUAUGUCUUCUUUUCACAUCAGCAAAAGGACAGAAUUGUGAGUUGUGUAUAGGAUAACAUGCUGACUAUGUUUGAACAAUGAAAGGCCUGUUACAUAUUUUGUUGUAGGAACUUAAAAUUCCAAGGUUACUCUUGGUGUAUUGUCUUUUUCAUUUAAGUGAUUUAAAUCUGAAAUGUUAAGAUGUGUCUGAUUUGAGGAAUUGAAAUAAAGCCUGUUCUUUAUCUACUGUUUGUUACUUUAUUUAUUUGUUUACUUAUGUUUAUUUCUGGGAUUUUGUUUUUUUCCUGAUUUUAUUUUAUUAAUCUUUGUCCUGAUCAUAUUACUGUGACCCCUAGUAAUGUCUUCCUCAUCUUGGAGAAGUUACUGUAAUGGUAAUUGUGCUUGAUGACCCAUGUCCCCUCUUGUUAACAGUAGAAAAGAAUCAAAGUUAAUAUUUACAAUAUGUUUUACCAAGCAGUUUGACUGGUUGUUUAG